AUGGACACCGCACAAGACCAAAACGUCAAACCUCAAUCUCAAUUGACUUCCAUUAUUAUGAGUAGGAGUAUUGACGAUCUCACCUUAAGCAUGAAGACAAUGGAGAGUGUUUUCGAUGACUACCUCAGGGACUUGCGUACUGGGUCGAACCUGGAGAUCAGUACGCCCCUGAAUAGCUCAUCAACCGCCACAUCUGUUGCUGGGUCCGAGACGCUGCUCGAGGCGAACGCAUCGACCGAUCCUACCGGCGGGUCCCCAGCUGAUCGCGCUCCCGAAGGACAGGGCAAAAUCAUCCCGAGCAAAGAGCAGAUCCAGGCCGUCUUUCAGUGUCAAUAUCAAGCGAUCCGAAAUCUUCGGCAGAGCAAUUUCAGCGUUGGAUGGUGGGAUACAUACCAGAAGGGCAUCGCUGCUGCGAGAGGACAGGUGGCAGGAUGGGAGGACCUAGAAAGAAUGCAGACGUUGCACAAUCUUUACGCGAUCGAGCGCUGGGUCAUGGCGGAGGACAUCCUCAUGAAAAUCAACGCCAUGCCUACAGACUUCUGCAAGACACGCUCCAUCGCAACUAGAGAUAGGAGCCUCAGAGGACCAUUUCCAAGACUACUAGUAAGGUACACUCGAAUUUCUUGGAAGAACCCGUUUUUUGGCAUUCAACAAUCGGUGCAAGAUCCGCGCCAAAGCCGAGCACGUGUGAUCCGUCUGACCGGUAACACCGCGAUCAAGAACGUCUGUCGACAUGCUUUGGCGCAGCCUCGAUAUCGCGCAGAGGGACACGCAUAG